UUAACAAAAUUCUAUCACUUUAGAUAAAAUGCUAUUUUAAAAAAUCCAAGUGUGUUCACCAAAGUUACAUUAGCAUCUUUUAAGGCAUGAUAAACAUUUUCUAUUGAUUUAUGAUCUCCGGGCCCCAGGACGGCAGGGGCCUUGGAGUAUCUCUUAAGAUGAGUCAUUGGAUUAGCUUGUAAGCAUCUGCUUUCAGCUCUCAGCAGCCGUUUUCAAACACCUUUGGAGCCGUGCCUCAUGCACAGUUCUCUCAACAGAGCGGACUUUAUGGUGCUUUUUUAUUCCUUUGCUCUUUAGGAUGAGGAAUGUGAAGAUUUUACAUUUGCAAAUCCUUUUUGUUUUUGUGCAUGCCUGCUUUGCACAGGCAGACUUUGCUCCCUAUUUCUAUGACAACGGACCUUACAGCAACAAUGGAAAUCUGGCCCUGUUCAGCCUCUCUGAAGACACCCAAGUUGGUACACAAAUCUAUUGUCUCAACGGUACAGACCCAGAGGGUCAAGAGGUGAGGUAUGGUGUCUCCUUUGACCCGGGGUCAAAAGAGUACUUCAGGGUGGACCCAAAAUCUGGAGUAAUAACAUUAGUGGAAAAGCUGGACAGAGAGAAACAAGAUUCUAUUGAUGUCAGUAUCAGCAUCACAGAUGGAAGAAGCAAGGUCACAGAAAGAGUUACAAUUUUUGUGAUGGAUGCAAAUGAUGAAAGACCUGAAUUCCAAAACUUGCCUGCAAUGAUCAACGUUGUGGAAACAACCGAGUCUGGAAGUAGUAUCUAUAAAGUUGAAGCAGUAGACAGAGAUGCGGGCUCAGGAGGCUCAGUCACAUUCUUUCUGCAGAUGCAGCAGGUAUCUUUGUUCACCAUUGACAGGCACAGUGGAGUCCUUCGUAUCAAAUCUGGAGAGAUGUUGGAUUACGAGAAGACAAAAACUCACUUUGUCACUGUCAUCGCAAAGGAUGGUGGCGGGGACUACAAUGGCAAAGAGCAGUUUAUGUCCUCCUCGGCAACUCUAACUGUCAAUGUGAUCGAUGCCCAAGACACUCCGCCAUCCUUCAUUGGGACUCCCUACUUUGGUUAUGUGUAUGAAAUCUCUGAGGAGGGAUCGGAAAUAUUCACCGUUGUUGCAGAAGAUGGUGAUGUGGGGAAGCCAAAUCCCAUCCAAUACUCAUUUGAUGGAGGUGACGAUGGAGUUUUUGGCAUCAACAAAACAAGCGGCUGUAUUUUCCUACUGACUAAUCCCAUUAAUCUGAGGAGGGAAAUUUUCAACAUUAAAGUCAGGGCAUCAGAAGUGAGUCCCGAAGGCAAACUCCUGGACUACGGAUACACCACAGUGGUGAUACGCGUGGUGGAUCUAAAUAACAAUCCACCAACGUUUUAUGGAGAAAAUGGCCCUCAGAACAUGUUUGAGCUGACCAUAUACGAGCAUCCACCGGAGGGAGAAAUCCUGCGAGGCCUGAAAAUCACAGUCAACGACUCUGAUCAGGGUGCAAAUGCCAAAUUUAAUCUGAGACUGAUUGGACCAGGAAGAAUGCUACGAGUUGUCCCUCAGACUGUACUCAAUGAGGCACAAGUGACAAUAUUGGUGGACGACUCUGCAGCCAUGGACUACGAGAAACACCAGUUUUUAACAUACAAGUUACUGGCAGUCGAGAUUGAUACUCCGGAGAGAUUUAGCGCAACAGCAGACAUCAUCAUUCAUCUCCUGGACACUAAUGACAAUGCGCCUAAAUUCUCCCUGGAGUAUUACAUUGCCAGAAUUCCAGAAAACUCACCCGGUGGCUCCAAUGUGGUGUCAGUCACGGCAGUGGACCCAGAUUCAGGGUCAUGGGGGGAAGUCAAGUACUCCAUCUAUGGAUCAGGGGCUGACCUGUUCCUUAUCCAGCCUGCAUCAGGGAUCAUCUACACCCAACCAUGGGCAAGCCUGGAUGCAGAAGUGAGAUCAAAGUAUAACUUCUAUGUGAAAGCAGAGGACGCAGAGGGGAAGUACAGCCUGGCUGAGGUCUUUGUCACUGUGUUAGAUCUGAAUGACCAUCCUCCUGCUUUCAAUCAGAACUUCCUAGAGAAGACAAUGGUGAUCGGAGCACCAGUGAAAAUAGAGGCCAUAGACGAUGACGCAGAAGUACCAAACAAUGUUAUUGAGUAUGCCAUCAUGAACGCUGAGCCGGACAACAACAUCUUUGACAUUAACUCUGACACGGGAGAGAUCAAGCUCAAGUCCUAUAUCAAGUCAAUGGCCAUCAUUCAGAACAUUACCAAAAAAAGAGACCACACCUGGUCCCUGGUGGUACAGGCUCGAGAUCGAGGCCAGCCUUCCUUCAGCACCACUGCAGUCGUCAAGAUUGGCAUCACUGAAGCCACCCAACUCAAAGGGGGGCCUUUGGGAUCAUUUAUUAUGCAAAAUAGAAACAAUCCAUUGCAAGUCUUAGGGACGAUUGUUGGUUUCAUUAGUCUGAUGGUCAUGGUCACUGUCAUCAUCUCCACUGCAACAUUUAUGCGCAACAAAAAGUCCAACCGAAUCCUGCCGAACCGCCGCAUACGGAGGAGGCAUCAGCCUCAGAGACAGCACUUGUGGAGUUUCAAGAACCUCUUCAGGACACCAGAUUCCACCAGAGAGAGAUUCACAGCUGCAGAUGAGGAACAGGCGCCUCAGACAAUCGGAGAGAACGUCAACUACAACAAUAAUCUCAGUAAUGUUGUGAGACACUGGUCCCCUCUUCCUCCACCACCCUCUGCACCUUCUCUGCCCCCUCCACCGCCUGCUUACUUCCCAGGAGAGCGACAAUGGGUCAUACCAACCGUCUCUGCAACAGUGGUGCCCAAACCCAGAAAGAAAAUGGUGAAUGACCGACAGGACACAGUGAACAGAGCGCUUGUUUCAGAGCUGAAAAUGAGACUCGAGCAGAAAAGGAUGAUGUCACCCUGAGAUUGAUUGUAAGAAAAAAUAAUUUCAUUUCAUUGUGAAUCUGCUUAGUGGCUGCCAGUACAGAUUAAAAUAUUCAUAAAUUCUACUAAAAUAAAAAAUGCAACUUUAAAAUACAAAGAUGAUGCCUGAGGGGCACAUCUGUGCGGAUUUUAGUAGAUCAGAAAUGACUCCUAAGCAGCUGCUUUCUACAACUUUGUGGUGAAAUUAUUAAAUAAGGUGAAGUCAAAGAAUGAAAACGAACUCAGUUGUAAACUUGUGCUUUGUGUGUUUGUGUGUGUGUGUUUUGUGUGUGUGAAUGCAUGCGUCCCUGAGAACCAUCAUAAAUAACUGAUGAAAUUUCACAAAUCUCUCCAAACAACCUCCUUUUUUCUAUAUAUUUCAGUACAAAGCUAAUUUCUUUAUUCUUGUUUUGUUGUUUGUGUCCUUGUGAAACAGCUGGAUUCUGCCAUUUCAAUACGCUUGAGGCAUCAGUUGCUUCACUCUCUAACUCUCAAACUGACUAAAGUGGAAAAGUCUGACUGACUUAAGUUGAAAGAGACCCAAACCUUUAAAAGCAGCUCCUGCUUUAUGAUUCUAAAUAUUUUUAUAAUACUGAAUGUGAUUUGUUCAUUCUAACAUCUCAGUAUAUUUUUUUCAGUAGGUGGGUUUUUGUUGAAAGUGUUGGAACAUCUUUAAAUUUUAAUGCAAAAAAAAAACACAUUUGUUAUUUUUCCCCUUAAAAACGGUCUGUAAACCAGAAGUCCGUCUGGCACUGACUUCAUUUUUUAAAUAAAAAACAAAAAAUCUCA